AUGGUGGUGUCUGCCACAGAAGCUAGAGUGGGACUGUUGGAGCAGUCGCACUGGCGUGGAGGCGGUGGUGGGGAUGGCAGAGGCGCCAAGCCUCAUCCUACAUGGCAAGGCGUGCCUAAUAGGGCCGCAUCUGCUUGGACAAGGAGGCACGGAGGAGGACAAGGAGGCACGGAGGAGGACAAGGAGGCACGGAGGAGGACAAGGAGGCACGGAGGAGGACAAGGAGGCACGGAGGAGGACAAGGAGGCACGGAGGAGGAGAAGGAGGCACGGAGGAGGAGAAGGAGGCACGGAGGAGGAGAAGGAGGCACGGAGGAGGAGAAGGAGGCACGGAGGAGGAGAAGGAGGCACGGAGGAGGAGAAGGAGGCACGGAGGAGGAGAAGGAGGCACGGAGGAGGAGAAGGAGGCACGGAGGAGGAGAAGGAGGCACGGAGGAGGAGAAGGAGGCACGGAGGAGGAGAAGGAGGCACGGAGGAGGAGGAGAAGGAGGCACGGAGGAGGAGGAGAAGGAGGCACGGAGGAGGAGGAGAAGGAGGCACGGAGGAGGAGGAGAAGGAGGCACGGAGGAGGAGGAGAAGGAGGCACGGAGGAGGAGGAGAAGGAGGCACGGAGGAGGAGGAGAAGGAGGCACGGAGGAGGAGGAGAAGGAGGCACGGAGGAGGAGGAGAAGGAGGCACGGAGGAGGAGGAGAAGGAGGCACGGAGGAGGAGGAGAAGGAGGCACGGAGGAGGAGGAGAAGGAGGCACGGAGGAGGAGGAGGAGAAGGAGGCACGGAGGAGGAGGAGGAGAAGGAGGCACGGAGGAGGAGGAGGAGAAGGAGGCACGGAGGAGGAGGAGGAGAAGGAGGCACGGAGGAGGAGGAGGAGAAGGAGGCACGGAGGAGGAGGAGAAGGAGGCACGGAGGAGGAGGAGAAGGAGGCACGGAGGAGGAGGGGAAGGAGGCACGGAGGAGGAGGAGAAGGAGGCACGGAGGAGGAGGAGAAGGAGGCACGGAGGAGGAGGAGAAGGAGGCACGGAGGAGGAGGAGAAGGAGGCACGGAGGAGGAGGAGAAGGAGGCACGGAGGAGGAGGAGAAGGAGGCACGGAGGAGGAGGAGAAGGAGGCACGGAGGAGGAGGAGAAGGAGGCACGGAGGAGGAGGAGAAGGAGGCACGGAGGAGGAGGAGAAGGAGGCACGGAGGAGGAGGAGAAGGAGGCACGGAGGAGGAGGAGAAGGAGGCACGGAGGAGGAGGAGAAGGAGGCACGGAGGAGGAGGAGAAGGAGGCACGGAGGAGGAGGAGAAGGAGGCACGGAGGAGGAGGAGAAGGAGGCACGGAGGAGGAGGAGAAGGAGGCACGGAGGAGGAGGAGAAGGAGGCACGGAGGAGGAGGAGAAGGAGGCACGGAGGAGGAGGAGAAGGAGGCACGGAGGAGGAGGAGAAGGAGGCACGGAGGAGGAGGAGAAGGAGGCACGGAGGAGGAGGAGAAGGAGGCACGGAGGAGGAGGAGAAGGAGGCACGGAGGAGGAGGAGAAGGAGGCACGGAGGAGGAGGAGAAGGAGGCACGGAGGAGGAGGAGAAGGAGGCACGGAGGAGGAGGAGAAGGAGGCACGGAGGAGGAGGAGAAGGAGGCACGGAGGAGGAGGAGAAGGAGGCACGGAGGAGGAGGAGAAGGAGGCACGGAGGAGGAGGAGAAGGAGGCACGGAGGAGGAGGAGAAGGAGGCACGGAGGAGGAGGAGAAGGAGGCACGGAGGAGGAGGAGAAGGAGGCACGGAGGAGGAGGAGAAGGAGGCACGGAGGAGGAGGAGAAGGAGGCACGGAGGAGGAGGAGAAGGAGGCACGGAGGAGGAGGAGAAGGAGGCACGGAGGAGGAGGAGAAGGAGGCACGGAGGAGGAGGAGAAGGAGGCACGGAGGAGGAGGAGAAGGAGGCACGGAGGAGGAGGAGAAGGAGGCACGGAGGAGGAGGAGAAGGAGGCACGGAGGAGGAGGAGAAGGAGGCACGGAGGAGGAGGAGAAGGAGGCACGGAGGAGGAGGAGAAGGAGGCACGGAGGAGGAGGAGAAGGAGGCACGGAGGAGGAGGAGAAGGAGGCACGGAGGAGGAGGAGAAGGAGGCACGGAGGAGGAGGAGAAGGAGGCACGGAGGAGGAGGAGAAGGAGGCACGGAGGAGGAGGAGAAGGAGGCACGGAGGAGGAGGAGAAGGAGGCACGGAGGAGGAGGAGAAGGAGGCACGGAGGAGGAGGAGAAGGAGGCACGGAGGAGGAGGAGAAGGAGGCACGGAGGAGGAGGAGAAGGAGGCACGGAGGAGGAGGAGAAGGAGGCACGGAGGAGGAGGAGAAGGAGGCACGGAGGAGGAGGAGAAGGAGGCACGGAGGAGGAGGAGAAGGAGGCACGGAGGAGGAGGAGAAGGAGGCACGGAGGAGGAGGAGAAGGAGGCACGGAGGAGGAGGAGAAGGAGGCACGGAGGAGGAGGAGAAGGAGGCACGGAGGAGGAGGAGAAGGAGGCACGGAGGAGGAGGAGAAGGAGGCACGGAGGAGGAGAAGGAGGCACGGAGGAGGAGAAGGAGGCACGGAGGAGGAGAAGGAGGCACGGAGGAGGAGAAGGAGGCACGGAGGAGGAGAAGGAGGCACGGAGGAGGAGAAGGAGGCACGGAGGAGGAGAAGGAGGCACGGAGGAGGAGAAGGAGGCACGGAGGAGGAGAAGGAGGCACGGAGGAGGAGAAGGAGGCACGGAGGAGGAGAAGGAGGCACGGAGGAGGAGAAGGAGGCACGGAGGAGGAGAAGGAGGCACGGAGGAGGAGAAGGAGGCACGGAGGAGGAGAAGGAGGCACGGAGGAGGAGAAGGAGGCACGGAGGAGGAGAAGGAGGCACGGAGGAGGAGAAGGAGGCACGGAGGAGGAGAAGGAGGCACGGAGGAGGAGAAGGAGGCACGGAGGAGGAGAAGGAGGCACGGAGGAGGAGAAGGAGGCACGGAGGAGGAGAAGGAGGCACGGAGGAGGAGAAGGAGGCACGGAGGAGGAGAAGGAGGCACGGAGGAGGAGAAGGAGGCACGGAGGAGGAGAAGGAGGCACGGAGGAGGAGAAGGAGGCACGGAGGAGGAGAAGGAGGCACGGAGGAGGAGAAGGAGGCACGGAGGAGGAGAAGGAGGCACGGAGGAGGAGAAGGAGGCACGGAGGAGGAGAAGGAGGCACGGAGGAGGAGAAGGAGGCACGGAGGAGGAGAAGGAGGCACGGAGGAGGAGAAGGAGGCACGGAGGAGGAGAAGGAGGCACGGAGGAGGAGAAGGAGGCACGGAGGAGGAGAAGGAGGCACGGAGGAGGAGAAGGAGGCACGGAGGAGGAGAAGGAGGCACGGAGGAGGAGAAGGAGGCACGGAGGAGGAGAAGGAGGCACGGAGGAGGAGAAGGAGGCACGGAGGAGGAGAAGGAGGCACGGAGGAGGAGAAGGAGGCACGGAGGAGGAGAAGGAGGCACGGAGGAGGAGAAGGAGGCACGGAGGAGGAGAAGGAGGCACGGAGGAGGAGAAGGAGGCACGGAGGAGGAGAAGGAGGCACGGAGGAGGAGAAGGAGGCACGGAGGAGGAGAAGGAGGCACGGAGGAGGAGAAGGAGGCACGGAGGAGGAGAAGGAGGCACGGAGGAGGAGAAGGAGGCACGGAGGAGGAGAAGGAGGCACGGAGGAGGAGAAGGAGGCACGGAGGAGGAGAAGGAGGCACGGAGGAGGAGAAGGAGGCACGGAGGAGGAGAAGGAGGCACGGAGGAGGAGAAGGAGGCACGGAGGAGGAGAAGGAGGCACGGAGGAGGAGAAGGAGGCACGGAGGAGGAGAAGGAGGCACGGAGGAGGAGAAGGAGGCACGGAGGAGGAGAAGGAGGCACGGAGGAGGAGAAGGAGGCACGGAGGAGGAGAAGGAGGCACGGAGGAGGAGAAGGAGGCACGGAGGAGGAGAAGGAGGCACGGAGGAGGAGAAGGAGGCACGGAGGAGGAGAAGGAGGCACGGAGGAGGAGAAGGAGGCACGGAGGAGGAGAAGGAGGCACGGAGGAGGAGAAGGAGGCACGGAGGAGGAGAAGGAGGCACGGAGGAGGAGAAGGAGGCACGGAGGAGGAGAAGGAGGCACGGAGGAGGAGAAGGAGGCACGGAGGAGGAGAAGGAGGCACGGAGGAGGAGAAGGAGGCACGGAGGAGGAGAAGGAGGCACGGAGGAGGAGAAGGAGGCACGGAGGAGAAGGAGGCACGGAGGAGAAGGAGGCACGGAGGAGAAGGAGGCACGGAGGAGAAGGAGGCACGGAGGAGAAGGAGGCACGGAGGAGAAGGAGGCACGGAGGAGAAGGAGGCACGGAGGAGAAGGAGGCACGGAGGAGAAGGAGGCACGGAGGAGAAGGAGGCACGGAGGAGAAGGAGGCACGGAGGAGAAGGAGGCACGGAGGAGAAGGAGGCACGGAGGAGAAGGAGGCACGGAGGAGAAGGAGGCACGGAGGAGAAGGAGGCACGGAGGAGAAGGAGGCACGGAGGAGAAGGAGGCACGGAGGAGAAGGAGGCACGGAGGAGAAGGAGGCACGGAGGAGAAGGAGGCACGGAGGAGAAGGAGGCACGGAGGAGAAGGAGGCACGGAGAAGGAGGCACGGAGAAGGAGGCACGGAGAAGGAGGCACGGAGAAGGAGGCACGGAGAAGGAGGCACGGAGAAGGAGGCACGGAGAAGGAGGCACGGAGAAGGAGGCACGGAGAAGGAGGCACGGAGAAGGAGGCACGGAGAAGGAGGCACGGAAGACAGUGA